CCCAUCCCCCCGCGGCCGGCCGGCUCCAGCCCGCAACCGGUGCCCGCGCCCCCGGGCCCCGCCAUGGGCCUCACCGUGUCCGCGCUCUUCUCGCGGAUCUUCGGGAAGAAGCAGAUGCGGAUCCUCAUGGUUGGCUUGGAUGCAGCUGGCAAGACCACAAUCCUGUACAAACUGAAGUUGGGGGAGAUUGUCACCACCAUCCCCACCAUAGGCUUCAAUGUGGAAACAGUAGAAUAUAAGAACAUCUGCUUCACAGUCUGGGAUGUGGGGGGCCAGGACAAGAUUCGGCCUCUGUGGCGGCACUACUUCCAGAACACUCAGGGCCUCAUCUUCGUGGUGGACAGUAAUGACCGGGAGCGGGUCCAGGAAUCUGCCGAUGAACUCCAGAAGAUGCUGCAGGAAGAUGAGCUGCGGGAUGCGGUGCUGCUGGUGUUUGCCAACAAGCAGGACAUGCCCAACGCCAUGCCAGUGAGCGAGCUGACUGACAAGCUGGGGCUACAGCACUUACGGAGCCGUACGUGGUACGUCCAGGCCACCUGUGCCACCCAAGGCACAGGCCUGUACGAUGGGCUGGACUGGCUGUCGCACGAGCUGUCGAAGCGCUAACCAGCCAGGGGCAGGCCCCUGCUGCCCGGAAGCUCCCGCGUGCGUUCCUCCCGGGAUGACCGACUCCCGGACUCCUCAGGCAGUGCCCUUCCCCCUCACUCUUACCCCCCCAUCCCCCCCCACCCCCACUGACUCGGACCUCUGCUCCCGCUCCUGCCUGCAUGUUCUCUCUGUUGUUGGAACCUGGAGCUUCGCUCUCUGGCACGGAGGGGUCCACUCCUGCCUGCUGGGGCCUGUGCAAGGGGCCCCAGGGCCAAGGAAGGCCCCCACUUCCAGAGGAGGAGCAGGGAUCUGAGUUUGCUUUCGUUUUUUCCGUUUUGGGUGUACCCUUGGGGCCAGGUGUGGGGGAAGGUGAGGGCUCCAGGUGGUGCUAUGAUGUGGCACUGGUUAUUGAGUAAUAAAUUUGAUGUGGUUUGUA